UAACCUCUGACGGCAGGCGUGUCGCCCGUCGCUCCUCGGAUGCGAUUACAAACGUGCGUGCAGUGCUUUCUGUUUUCACCGUUGCGUUCGGCUCGCUUCGUCAUCAUUGCCAAGCCAAAACACCCCCGCCCCGAGGCUCCCCGUCCAGGAACUCGAGCGAAAAUCCCUGUGCGGAUCGGCGGCGUUGUGUGCGAUCAUCCCGAGCCGCGUUUGUAAACAAACUCAAAGUGCGUUGACCAAUCCCCCGCGCCCGCGCGCCGCGGCAAGAGCGUCGAGAAAAAAUCGCGGGUUAGUGACAGUGUGAAAUCCGGACGAGUUGCACGAGUGGUGGUGUGAUUGUGCAGUGAUGAGAGGAAAUUCUAUAUUUUUUCAAGCUUACGUUUUUCUAAACCUAGCAAAUUGUUGUUGUCUCUUUCGAAUUUUAUCUCGUUGAUUUGAAAAUUGGAUUUACCUAUUGGCUGUAACGUUUGUUCACCCAUCUUUACAUCGACUGGCAUCAUGUAUCCGCUCUUCAGUUCCAAGUUUUCAUCGGUAGAGCAGACGCCAACCUGAUCCGACUUUACGAUCGCUGUGUGGACAUCUCUGGGCUUUGGAUGCGAGCUUCGAUUUCGAAAAUGAGGUGCGUUGUGGCUGAGCCACGGGUUUAGCCGCGCCAUGCGUUUGGUCGCGGCCGACAAGGAGACAAGCGCCACUGCGAGGCCCGCCCGGGGCUUCGCACCAUGUUGAUGACGAUGGCCGAAAUCGAGCCGUCCACCGCCCCGCUACACCAUGCCGUCUUUAACAACAACAACAACAACUACGGCCGCCACAACAAACAACGGAAACGGAAAAGACUGAGCCAGGUGGUCGACAAGCUGACGACCCAGGUGGCCGCGCCCUUGCUCAACAACAACGUCGCGCAUCACAACAACAACAACGAGGAAGCCGAGGUGAAGGUCAAGCGGGAGGAUGACGUCAUGUUGAGCGGAGGUCGAGGGGACAUGGCGCCACACGUGUUCAGAUUCGACGCCGCCGACCGGGAGCGCUACCACAGCACCAUCUCCGAGGAGGAAGAGGACGUCUUCAGCCCCGGCUCCUCCUCCAACAAGUCCCCGCACAGCUCCAACACCGACUCGCCCAAGAUCAGCUUCAGCCCCCUUAGGAUUAAAGACAGUAGUGUAGAGGAUGACGUGGACGUCGGAACCCCGCCCCCGCCGCGACUCCAGAUCAAGAGCCUGGCGGAUCUCACCGCGGAGGAGAGGCACCAUCUCAGCUCCCAGCCGAGGUACCGCGGCUGCUCCUGCAGCCACUGCGCCGCCGGCCUCUGGCUACACCCCCACCACCCAGUCACCGCCCCCAUGUCCCCGCUCAUGCCCAACUCGGCCGCCCCCGCCCCCGUGUAUAGCUUCGAACAUUAUCUACACUCCAAGUACCUGCCCGACUAUUUCCGAAGAAGAAGUCACUCGGACUCGGACCUGCCCCUCUGGUUCGAGGCCAAGACCGAGAGGUUCGACAAGAAUGCUCAAGAGCGCGGGACCGUCCUCCGGCAGCACGGGCGACCGCUGUCCGUUCCGCACCCGCUCAACCUCCAGCGCGGAAGCUCCGGGAAGGGCGGCUCCCUGGAGUCGGAGCAGUCCUCGCCGCAAGACUCGCCGCUGGACCUGUCGAUGAAGGGGAGCCGGGAGCGGGUCGGGAGCAGCACCAGCUCGGACUCGAUGCUCACCCCCUACGGCGACCACCUCCCGCUGCAGCCCUUCCAGAUGCUCCCGCUCGGGUUCAUGCCUCCCAGAGGCACCGUCUCAGUUCCUGUGGUCAAGGGCGACGUAGCGUCGCCGACGACGAAGGAGUCGGUGGCCUACAGGUACAACCUGGAGGUCUCGCCGGUCGUCGAGGAGAUGCCGCCCGGCUCGGACGUGGCGUACGUCUGCCCCAUCUGCGGCCAGAUGUUCAGCCUCCACGACCGCCUCGCCAAACACAUGGCGUCCCGCCACAAGAGCGCCAAACAAAGUGAUUCUAGUGCCAAAGCUUAUCUCUGCGAAGUUUGCAAGCGGUCCUUCGCCCGGAGCGACAUGCUGACGAGGCAUAUGCGGCUCCACACCGGCGUCAAACCGUACACGUGCAAGGUUUGCGGGCAAGUGUUCUCCAGGUCGGACCACCUGUCGACCCACCAAAGGACUCACACCGGGGAGAAGCCCUACAAGUGUCCGCAGUGCCCCUACGCUGCGUGUCGUCGGGAUAUGAUCACGCGACACAUGCGGACGCAUAUGAGGGUGGAAUCCGGCGGCCAAGACUCGACGCCCAUCGAGGACCUUCCUCUGUCUCCCGGUCAAAGCGGGGCCUCCCAGCCAGCGCAUUCGCCCAUGGACGUGAGUGCCCGGGAUCUGGACUAAGCCACCAGUCCACCGGCUUCUCCCGAGCCCAUCGCCCCUUGCCGCUAUUCCACUCCCAAAACCAAAGAUUAUACAUUCAUGCAUCCUUUCCACUUGUCUUCAGCGCGUUCUUCCGUCUUUCUUUUUACUGGCGAGACAUUAUCAGGGUAUGAAACGGCGCAACAAUGCAAAGCAUGCUUUACUUUUAAAGUACCUUCUCAAGCUUCCACAAUUACAGAGUGAAAACAAGCUCUUAUUGUUUUUUUUUUUUUUUUUUUUGCACAUUCUGUGACUGCAUACGGAGUAAAAUUAGCGAAAAUAAAUCUUAAAAUGCAAAAAAGUUGAAAAAUUAAGUGGUAUUUCGCUGCUUAUAUUACUUAUCCCAAGAAGUUGUCCAAUAACCGAUACAAUUUUAUCACCUCAUACCUUUAAGCCUAUUGGUAUAUUAAUCCUCGGUAAUAUGGAUGGAUUAAUUUAUUAUUCUGUCAUUUUUUUGUUUUUCGAAAUGUACUUUAAAGUAAAUGAAACAAUUCUCAUAAAUAAUCAAUUUUCCCCCAAAAUUCGAAUUUUUGGAUACUUAUGUACUAUUUUUUGGCCGCUCGAUUUGCUUUUGGACGCAUGAUCUAGCUUCAUCAUUAGCGCCGCCAUCUCUCAAAAUUUCUCGCCUAGUAAAGGAGAUUUAGGUCGUCUUUGUACAUACUAUACAUGAUAGUUGUUUUCCUGUGCCAUUUGUUUUCCUAUAAAACUGCUGGUCAGUUGAUGUUGAAUGUAGUUAAUUUAAUUCGGAAAUUUUUUUUAAAAAAAUUUUUUAAAAUGACUAGUAAAAGAUAUGGUCUGCUUAUUCUCUGUCCUUUGCGUAUCCGUUUUAACAUUCAAUGUUGAAAUUUCAAUGUUCAAGUAAAAACGCUCCCCAAUGAAAUAGGUCCUUUGAUACUUUGCCGUUACGUUUGUUAAGUUUAACAAGAAAAUAUAUUUCGCUCAGUCUAGGUACCUCUUCUGUUCAAGUUUUAUGUGAAAUAUUUUGAAAUUAUCACUUGCGUUUCUUCUUGUUUCACUUUUUAUCGUGGUUAAAUGUUUCUGUUAAUCUUAUUAUUAUUGGCACUGUUAGCUAGUUGAAUAAUUUAUGUUUUUUAACUAGUUAUGAUAGAUUUUAAAGACAAAUCUUUUGACUUUAAUGAACAUACCUACGUUUAAUUAUAAUACAAUCCGGAGAUUGACAGAGAACUUCAAAUUAUUUUAUCUAAAAAUAUUUUUGUAUUUUAUACAAUAUAUAUUUUAAUUCAAAAUUGUCAUGAUGUAGGUCCCGACCUCUAUAAUUAAAGCACCUACUAACUUUUGCCUUUUUAGACCUAUAUUUUCAGUACACUAAACUGUUAGGCUCAUAUUCUGUUAAUAACCGAUUUUGCAGGAAAAUUUCCUCUGAAAGUCAUGUAAAUUUACAGCGACACAUUCUACUCAUUAUAUAUUUUUUCAAGAGUUUUCUCCCCAAAUAUAAAAACGAAACUGUGUCCGUUUGCUUUUGAACCGAACAGAGUUAAAUGAAGAAGAACCUAGGUGAGAUCUUAAAAUUUUGCUCCUGCAUUAGACUCAAUGUUUAGCAUAAAAUGAACUCAGCUUAAAAGCAUUUAAAUGUUUCCGUUAAAUUGUUGCUACUUGGGCCGCUCAUUUGUAGAAAGAGCGUAAACUGGACUGCAGUUUGCAAUUUGGAACUUUAAAGUCUGGCUCCUCUGGAAUAACACUUGUGUGCAUAGGGAAACUAAUGGCACAUGCGUUGUUUUUAAGCUGGGCUAGAAUUCAUAGUUCCAAAUUGCAAAAUGUAGUCCAACUGAUCCAUAGCAAACUGAUGAAUUCUGUUGGCAACAUUCAUGGAAGGAAAAUCAGGCGCAGUAGAAUGAAUGUGGGAAAAUCCGCAACAAAAGCCCCCGAUCUCCAUUGGCGUGCACGCUGCACUGACUGCACUCUGCACUGGCGCGUCGAAUGCAGUUUGACCUUGCCCGCUCGGUGCAGCGCCGCGUCGCGUCUUUAUCGAUCUUAAACACUUGUCGCCUCCACCCACACCGCGCACCCGCCUUCCCCGCCCGCCCUCCGCUCUACCCCCGCGCUGAUUCCGAAACUGUGUCAGUGUUAUAAUAACACACCACAGCCGUGCUAACAAAAAAAACCGCGUCAACAUCCAGACGUUGCCAGCUUUUCUGCAAUUAAUUAUUUAUUUUUCAAGAGAGUCGAGAGUAUUUUUCUUUGAAAUAUUUAGACCUGUCGGAUUGUGAAUUAAAAUAUUUGCAAAAUUGGAAGGGAAAGAUUGUAAAAAAAUUCCAGGAAAUUGGUAUUUAUCACAGGGAAUAUGGUAACGUCGGAAGGCUCACACGGCGCUCUGUUUUCGGGAUAAGUAAAAUAAUGGACUUUUCGCAGUAAGGAGCUAAGCCGGCUCUUACGUAAAAGCACCUAUCUAUGUAGGGAAACUAAUGACACGCAUGCUGUUUUUAAAAUGAGCCAGGUAUUGUAGUUCCAAAUUGGAUUAUGUAGUCCAAAUUGUCCUCGCUUUUUUCUCUUGUGGCUGCGUCGUUCUCAAUAUAUUCCAUUUUCGAUGAUUGUAGCGUAAAAACCCCAGUUAAUUUUCUCCCUUGGUUUAAUGCCUUAUAUUUGCCAACGUCCAAAUCCUUUUCUCAAGGAAAAUUUCUUGUUUACGAUAAGUUAUAAAUUCAUCAAUGCUUGACCAAUGGGAAAGUAAUCAAUUUAAAUUCUCAAAGUAGAAUCUGAUUGUUCACAUGAGUACCAUCGAAUAGCGAAGUAUCGAAUAUCGCAAAAUUGACGUGGCUGCUGCAUUUCCUCUCCUCUGACGAUUUCCUGGCAACUUCAAUAUUUCUGAGAAUCUUUAAAUUGUACCUUUGACCUUCGGAAAUCGUUCCUAUCCGUUCGUCUCCUUCUUCUUUCUCAGUUCUAAUUUAAAAUUAACAAAGCAGAUAUGUUUUUUUCAAAUAAUACUCCCAAAAUACAGCUCAUACGUGAUUAAUGAGAGGAGCUGUGCUGUUUCAUGAUUAUGUGUCCUGUCGGUUGGUUUUAAAUGUAUUGUAGACGUGUGGUACGAUAAACUCAUACACGCUGUAAAGGUCCUUACUCAACAUUUCAUCUUUUGUUAGAGUAGCCUCUAUUUGAUCAACUUCUUCAUAUUAUCACACAUUAAUCCUAAAGUAUCCACCUUUAGAUUAACUGUUGCUUAUGUAUGUUCUCAAUUGCUCAAUGUAAACAUUUUUAUUACUCCUCUGCUCAAAAUAUGAAAUAUCUCAUAAAAAAGGAAAACAAUAAUUUUUUAGUGGAUGUAAGUUACAGAUGCUUUCUUUUAGUCAAAUUUUCUUUCUUUGUUGGUCGAAAGGUUGUUUCUUUUCAAUUCUUUCGUUCGAUUGAUGCAAAAUUAGGUACUUUUAUAUUUUUUUACUGACUUCUCUCAUUUUAGGCGCAAAUUUGACGUCCUUUAACUAUAAACUUCUACUCUUAAAACAUGUAUCUAGUUAUAAAUGUAAAUCAACAGUAAUUGUUACCCUUGAUUUUCAAAAAAGUAUGGUAUCAGCUGGAUAGGUCAUUGCUCAGUGAGCCGAUUUUUACUAAUCUGGGAGAGAAAACAAAUGUUUAAUUGCAUCAAGGGGUCAAUCUCCUUGCAACAAUACAAAACCACCUUGUGGAGGAUGUUUUCUGCUCUUUACAAUAAUGUUCAAUAUUUCUGCUCCCAAAGUAGUAAAUCGUCUCAUCGGUUUUGUUUUAAAAAGUGUUAAAAGUUGAAAUUUAUUUUUCUAAGAAAUUAAUUAUCUAUUUUACAAAUUCGAAACUCUUUGUGCCUAAAAAGAAAAGGAAAAUAUUAAAAUAUGAUACCGGUGAUUUGUUAUUAAGAUGGCGGUCGCUUUAACUAAGGCUAAGCCAAUGUAGGAUGAGUAUUAUGCUCCAAGAGGGAGGGGGAAAUAGCGAGAGAGGUCGUAUUUUUAUAUGGAAGGGGUCAAAACUAAUGGCAUCAUUGCUCGCAACAAGUGAUUUGUCAAACCAGCUCCAUUGUUGAACUGUACUCAGUAUUUGGAUAUUCCGGCUGAUAUCCAUGCCAAUGAACAAGUCAAGAAAUAACUGAGCUUUCGAGAUUUCGAAUCUCGAGUUAUUAACGAUAGAUUUCUUUUGUCAUGGGCCAGCUUUUGGUUAACAGUACAAAUAACUCAUUGUGAUAGGCUGAACUCGGUUCAUUCAUCAUUCUUAAUGAUAUAUUUUUGUUACACUAAAUUUUUUAGCUGAUUGAAUUUUCAUACUGCAGCCAAUACCGUAAAUAUUCAAAAAAACAUUACAUUUAUGUGUAAUUAUUGCAGAGUAAAUUAUGUUUUAUUUUUCUGGCACGAAAGACGGCGGAAAAAAUACCGACGUUUUGAGUUUAUAAGUAGAUAAAAGUGUUUGUUGUCUGGCAUUACUUGUGAUAGUAAUUUCUUUUUCUUCAAAAUGCCGGAGAACUAAACAUUUGCUGGUUGAUAUUUUCGCACCUAAUUCUGUUUUCUUGUUUCCACAAUUUAUCUAGUAUUUGGCGACUGAUCAUCAGUUGUUUUAUUGUUUUAAGUCGGUAAAACGUCCCUCCUUUGUGUUUUAUUUUCUUUUUGAUGUUUUCCUCGAGAUUUUCAGAGUAAGGUCCGUAAAUUCUUCCUCCAUUGGUGUGUUGGAAAUUAGGUGCCUUUUUAGUUCUGGCAUGUUCAGAGAGUUUUUAGUUUCCAUUAACGGUAUUUAAAUUUAUACAUGUUUUUACAGUUGCUAAUCAUUAAUUGUUCCUCAAGUAACUGUUAAUGCUGCUUUCCUCGAAAAUUUAUUUUCUGAACCGUUUAAAUCGUGCAUCUUCUCAUGAACCCGCUGUUUCAGUAGAGGCUUGAAUGUUUCGUAGAUGUUUCUGCUAAACUUAUGAAAUUAUGAAUACUAUCCCAUCUAUUCUUUCACUUUUCCUCUUGUGUUAAAAGAUCCUUUCUUAAGUCGUUCAUUUUUGACUACUAGAGAAUUGUAAGUGUCAUAAUAUUGAUGUUUAUGAGCAUUAAUUUUCAUAUAAAUGAGUCCGCUUGAUUACACCUAAUACCUACUCAUCUCCUCAAAAUGCCUAUGAACAAUUACAUAUAUGAGUCAGAUCCAAAAGGCCAACUCAGAUAGAUUCCAUCACUUUAGUGGCGUUGAGGAUAUAAUUCAGAAUAAAGAAAAAGGAGACAAGUUAUAGCUAGGAUGCUCACACAGUAUAACUAUUACUUUAAAUUGAAAACAAUGUCUAACUCAUCAUUCAAAUAGCUGUGGAAAUUUACUCUCGUCAAAAAUUCUGCAUUUUUUCUAAAAAAAAAUGACUUGAAGUGCACGCGUCUUAUUCUAUCCUUUACUUCAUAGUCUCGGAAGUCCAUGCUUCCUUUCGGAAGUUUUUUUUUUUCUCCUUCUUUUUUUCAAAUCUACUAUUCUUGUUAAACUAUGCAGAUCCCUUUCAUCCCUUUCUUUCUUUGUAAAAAUUUAGUUUUCGUAACCUAUCAGUGUUGUACUCACGUAGAAGCUCAAUAUUUGCAAUAGUCGUGUAAUCAUUUACAAUCUCUCUUACCAUCUUGUAUUUUUAUCCACAACCUCUAAUUACAGAAGACUAUCCCGCACCCCUGCCUCAUGAUCAAAAUUAAUUUUCCGUUCUAACUAGAAUUGUCUUCAUUGCGUAUUAUAUUCACUAUGGUUUCAUAUUAUUGUACACAAUAAUAUCAUCACUACUUGUUCUUCAUUGAAACCGAUAAACAACGUCCCUAACCAAGUUAAUCAGCAGCAGUUCAACUUAAAACCCAAUGUCAAAAAUGAGGUGAUCCCAUCAUUCAAGAUUUUCGUUAAAAAUAACCAAUACUUAAUUUUGGACAAUGUACUAACAAAAAUCAGGAAAAUCUCAGCGAUGACUGUCAUUCAAGAAAAUAGGGAGAGAGAGAGAGGGAGAGAAAAUCAAUCAUACAGCAUGUAAUGAAAAUUCCGUUACAUUCCUUUUUCUAUACUAGAUUUGUAAUCUCAAUUUUAGUGGCAUCGUCUAACUUUUUGUAUUCAUUUGCCAUAUGUACGUAGCAUUUACUCAUUUUCUUUCAUUGCAUGUUCGUUUUCUCCACUCUCUCAUUAAUCUUCAAUUUAAGUUCCCCCUUUUAACGUCCAUCAUUAACAUCUUAUUAACUUGAACUGAUACUACGAUACGUAGGUAAUAGCAAAUUACGCGUUUAUAUGUUACUGCCAAAGUCACUGAUUGUGGGAAACAUGUUUCAGAUAAUAAUUUCUGCACGAGAAUCCUGUUUGAGUCUACUGAUAAUGUCUUCAAUGUGAUAGGGCGUCUCUUUAAAAUAACAACAAUUCCGUUUGAAACAAGGAGCUUUCCUGUUGACGCAACUAGAAUUCUCGUCUGGAAAUUAUUAGUUGGAAUCUUCAUUAAUCCAACAGAAAAUUUUUCUCCGUGCAGUGUAUACUGGCUAAAAUGGGUGGUAAAAGUCUGUCGCAAUAAAAGUUUCCUGAUUGUGUCACAUUUUUAUGGCUAAAAUUGUAAUAUUUUUUAACAGUCACCGUUUUAUCGGCCGGAUUUAAGUAUUUACGGAUUUUAUCAACUCAAAUGAUAGAAUUGCUUAGUGAUAUCUUACGCUGAUGCCCAACACAGUGUUUUUAAAAAGAAGUUUCAAAUUGAAUCGUAGAAUUCUAAAUACCUCAAAGCUACAGCGCACGUAUGAAAAGCUAAUGAAACAAUAACAGAGAGAGAUAUCAGAACUGUGUAACUAAUCUUUGUUUACAAAAAAGAAGUUUCGGGUGGAAAAGAGGAGACUUUCUUUCUUCAUUUCCUACUUUAAGAUCAAUGUAAGAACAAUCAUGUAAGUUUACUAUAGUCAAAUAUUCAUUGACGGUGGCUCUGAUCCUAUAAUUUCACACCAACUUUCUUACGUCAUAUCCGUUUCCAGCCUAUGUAUCUGGUGAAAUGGAACUGUAGCUAAUUAUCCUUGAUAAUUUUCUGCGAUUUUUAAAAAUCAGCUGAAACUCAAAAGGUUAAUGAUCAGUAUGAGUUGAUAAUGUUCCGUCAACUUAUUUUUUUAGCUCUCAUACAAAUAUUAACGCAGGUGGACUUUAAUCUUGCCAUUUUCAUAUAUCUAACAUGGCAUCAUUCUCCUUCAGUUAUUUUUCCAAUAUUAUGAUCCUUCUUUUUCUGUGGUAAGCAUAUCUCUGCAUCAGUCCAUCAUUUACUUCUUCUCUAAGUUAUAAGAAAAGCAUUAGCAUCUAGAGAGAAUUAAAUAAUCCUGUCUCUCUUUACCCCUUCUCUCUCUCUUUCUUCCAUUGGAAAAUUUUGGUCUUAAGAGUCUGUAACUUUCGUAAUUUUCGUAAUAUUGUGUAUUUUUGGAUCUCAAUCAGUUUUUGUUCUCGUCACUCAAUUUUUCUGAAGCUUUUGUUAUCAACAUAUUAUAUAAUUUGAAGAUCUAAUCAGACAUUUUUUGUUCUUUAUUAUUAUCAUUUUUACAUCAUUUUUUAUGAUGAUAUUUUCCUUGUUUUCUUUCGCAAGGCUCAAUUUUGAUCAAAGGACUAUUAACCAAACGUUAUAAUCAAUGGGACUCUAUUAAUACUUUCCUUUCAGUAGAUGCGUUUACUUUGCGUUUUAUUUUCCUAUUUAGUCUUACGUUCAUUUUAAAUUGAAUAAACAAUGUGAGAAUAAAAUUUCGUAAAUGUUGAUUUCUUUGAGAUUUUUUGUUUAAAAAAAGUAUUCAACGAUUUUGCGAUGAUUUUGAAUACAUUUUGUCCACCAAAGCGUAAAAAAUCAAUUAAAAAACAGGAGAAUCCAUUGUUCUAGUUCACAACCAUGCAGUAAAUGUUGAAGCUAUCGAUUUUCGCUCGAUAUGCGAAUGUAAAAUUAUUAUUUUUACUCUUGUAAUUUUUCAACCAUGUUUUUCGUUUCUUUGCUCUUUUGUCUGUAUUAUUUUCUUAAUUUAUUUGUAAAUUCCUCUCUGUAUAUUUUUGUUUAGUUUAUUUAUUCUCUUUUAACUGAUUUGCACCCUUUUAUGUCCUUAAUUGUACAUUUAAAAAAUGAUGUAAAGAAUUAUAAUUUGUUUUUUUUCAAAAAAUGAAA